CGCAGAUCCAGGAAGUGAAGCUAGAUGCAGGCUUCCCAGUGAUUCACAUGCUGUUUCGAUUGCAGCCCAUUCUAAGAACAUUCUAAGAACAUCGGAAUAAAUGUGAUAAUGGACAAGGACAAAAUCCAUAUUCCUGAGAAGAUCUUGAAUCUCACCUUGCAGAUCAUCUACCUGCUGACAGGAGAGGACUAUUUUAUUGUGAAAAAGCCUGGGGAGCGUGUCUCACCAAACAACAUUCCUAUUGUGUCAGAAGGAAUCUGCAGGACCCAGAGCCCCAGCACGGUGUCUCCACCUCAUUCACUGAUCAAUGAGGCAAACAAUGACCAGAAGAUCCUGGAACUGACCAAUCAGAUCAUCCAGCUGCUGACUGGAGAGGUUCCUAUAAGGUGUGAGGAUGUCGCUGUCUAUUUCUCCAUGGAGGAGUGGGAGUAUCUAGAAGGACACAAGGAUCUCUACAAGGACGUAAUGAUGGAGAAUCACCAGACCCUUAGCUCAUUGGCAGAGGGGUCUGUGGUUGGAAACACACUGCAAAAAUCUCAAUCACAAUCGGCUUCACAAAAUAAUGUAAAGGGGGAAGAAUGGGAUAUCAACGCUAAUCAGAAGGCACAGCCUACAGAAAUACACGAAGCAAGAAAAAACAAAUCUGUACAAACUAUGUCUGAGAAAUCUGCCUCAUAUCAAGGUCAAAAUCUCACAGAUGCUGACAUUUGCACACCCACCGAAUAUACACAGACAGAAUUUACAUCUACCUAUGUUAAAGGGGGAUCAGCCUCAUGUGAAGAAGGAGAUCUCACCGACACCGACAUUCAUACACCAACAGGGCAUAUAUACACAAUAUAUCAAACUACUCCUAUUAAGGAGGAACCAGACUUAUAUGAAGAAGAAAGUCUUGACAAUGAUAUGUUUACACCUACAGAAUUUAAAGAACAGACAGGAUAUCCAUCUACUUUUUUUUCAUGUGAAGAAGGUAAUCUCCAAGACUCUGAUAUUUAUACACAUGGCUUGACCAAUACGUCAGUUAUAACACCUAGACAAAGGACCCACAAUUCAGGCUGCAUAUAUAACUGUUAUGAGUGUGGUGAAAGUUUUACCCUUCGAAAAGAGCUUGUCAGACAUCAGAAUUUACACAAAGGAAAUAAACUGUCAUGCUCUCAAUGUGGGAAAAGAUUUUCUUAUAAAUCUGACCUUUUUAUACAUGAGAGGAACCACACAGGAGAUAAAUCGCUUAUUUGCCCUCUCUGUAGGAAAUGUUGUACGAAUAAAUCCCAGCUAGCCAUGCAUUUGAGACUCCACACCGGAGAAAGACUUCACACAUGCACUGACUGCGGCAAAAGCUUCAUAAACAUGUCAUGUUUUAUUCGUCAUCAGAGAAUUCACACAGGAGAGAAGCCUUUUUCAUGUCACAUAUGUGGGAAAUGCUUCAACCGGAAGUCAAGUCUUGUUGCUCAUGAGAGAAUUCAUACAGGAGCCAAACCCUAUGUGUGUUCUGAUUGUGGUAAAGGAUUCAGUAGGAACUCAAAUCUUGUUGUACAUCAGAGAAUUCACAAUACUGUAAAACCAUUUAUGUGUUCUGAUUGAGGGGAAGAUUUUUAUAAACAACGUGUGGAUCUCUGAGCAUGAAGAAGAAUCACAGAGGAAAUAACUCAUUCGACUUUGGAAUAUGGAAAAAUAUGUUAUUAUGCACUAAAUCUUAAACAGUGAGGAAUUGUUGGUAUGUGCAAAUUUUAAACCAAAAUAGCCUCAUUGCAAAAACUGUCCAAAUCGACUAUUGUGGACAGAAAUUUGCAAUCCCAUUGUAAAUUUUCCACAGUUACCAGUUAAGUGAAGCUACCCAACAGCUAAAAAAUUUUUUUAACAUAUACCUGUCUAACUUAUGGUUACUCCAAACACCAUGUCCACGUCUGCUUUUAGAUGUGGUCACCGUGGUAGGAAUCUUUCUGUGCAGUAUUUCUGCAUGAAAUAUAGAUAUAUUUGCAGUUUUGUGCCGGGGGCUAGUUACACCGCCAGUAUAUGUGGCAGUUGGGAAAUGCAGUAGAUGUAAUACAGUACAUUUGCUGAAAGUCUUUUUUUGUUACUUCUGAUUAAGUUGUUCUGGUGACUGAGUGGUCCUUUAAUAGGUGUUUAAGGUUCUUUUAUAAAUAGUUGCAUAAUCUGAAAAAAGAUUUGUGUCCAUCAAGUUAAGCCCUUUUCACAUCUCUCUCUGCUGUUGAUACAAAUAAAGGCAAAAUAUCCAGUUUGAAGCACUUUUUAAAAUUUUGCAGCAAACUUUGAAAAGUAUCCUUCUCGCCCCCCGACAGCCAGUCAGAUCAACCCUUGGAUCAAGAAGCUGUUACCCCACAUACUGAAUAUUAUGUUUUUGAAUAAAUUCAACCAGUCACCUUUUGAAAAUCCACAUCCUUUUUGUUCUUACUAAGAAGAACCUUUUUAUUUGCCUUAGACUAAAUCUCCUUUCUUCCAGUCUAUGUAUAGUCCUAUUAAUUAAAUUAUUUACAGAAAAUGGUUUAUAUUGGCCCUAAAUAUAUUUGUAUUAUGCUAUCAUAUCCCCUCUUUUCAAAGGCACGUU